CAAACUUUCUCCACCAGCGAGUUCUCCGACUCAAAGCCUGCCCGACGAGGGCAACAGGGAAGCCGGUCAAUUUACUGGACAGCACUGCAGAGACUCGCUGACGUGGAAACAUGCCUCUGCGGUUGGACAUCAAGCGGAAGCUGACCGCUCGGUCUGACCGGGUGAAGAGUGCGGAUCUGCACCCCACUGAGCCCUGGAUGGUGGCUAGCCUCUACAGCGGCACUGUGGUGGUCUGGAACCAUGAGACACAGAUGAUGGUGAAAACCUUUGAACUGUGUGACCUGCCUGUCCGAGUAGCCAAGUUUGUAGCCAGGAAACACUGGGUCAUCGCUGGUGCCGAUGAUAUGCAGAUCCGGGUGUUUAAUUACAACACUCUGGAGCGAGUUCACAUGUUUGAGGCUCACUCUGACUACAUCCGCUGUAUCGUUGUCCACCCUACACAACCCUACAUCCUCACCAGCAGUGAUGACAUGUUGAUCAAGCUGUGGGACUGGGACAGAAAAUGGUUGUGUGGUCAAGUGUUUGAGGGACACACUCACUACGUCAUGCAGAUUGUCAUUAACCCCAAAGACAACAACCAGUUUGCCAGCGCCUCUCUGGACAGAACUGUUAAGGUGUGGCAGCUGGGCUCAAAGACUCCCAACUUCACUCUGGAGGGCCAUGAGAAGGGGGUGAACUGCAUUGAUUACUACAGCGGAGGAGACAAGCCCUACCUCAUUUCAGGGGCCGAUGACCGCCUGGUCAAGAUCUGGGAUUAUCAGAACAAAACCUGUGUUCAGACCCUGGAGGGUCACGCCCAGAAUGUGACCUGUGUCAGUUUCCAUCCUGAGCUGCCAAUCAUCCUUACAGGCUCUGAGGAUGGCACUGUUCGAGUGUGGCACUCCAACACCUACCGACUGGAAAACACACUCAACUAUAGCAUGGAGAGGGUGUGGUGUAUAUGUGGCCAGCCUGGCUCCAACAGUGUGGCUUUGGGCUAUGAUGAAGGCAGCAUCAUCAUCAAGCUGGGUCGGGAGGAGCCAGCCAUGUCCAUGGACUCCAGUGGGAAGAUCAUAUGGGCGCACCACUCUGAAGUGCAGCAGGCCAACCUGAAGUCCAUGGGGGAGACCAUGGGUGAGAUCAGAGAUGGAGAGAGGCUGCCGCUGGGUGUCAAAGACAUGGGCAGCUGUGAGAUCUUCCCUCAGACCAUCCAACACAGCCCUAACGGGAGAUUUGUAGUGGUGUGUGGAGAUGGGGAGUAUAUCAUCUACACUGCCAUGGCCCUGAGGAACAAGAGCUUUGGCUCAGCUCAAGAGUUUGUCUGGGCCCAUGAUUCUUCACAGUAUGCCAUAAGGGAAGGCAGCAGUAUGGUCAGAAUAUUUAAGAACUUCAAAGAGAAGAAGGCUUUUAAACCUGACUUUGGGACUGAAGGUAUCUUUGGUGGCUUCUUACUGGGCGUGAGGUCAAACAGUGGCUUGGCUUUCUACGACUGGGAGAGUGGUGAACUGAUCCGCCGUAUCGAGAUCCAACCUAAACAUAUCUUCUGGUCCGACUCUGGGGAGCUUGUGUGUAUCGGUACAGAUGAGUCGUUCUUUGUGCUGCGCUACAUACCGGAGAAAGUGGCAGCGGCCCAAGAGUCCAAGGAAGAGAUAACAGAGGAUGGGAUAGAAGGCGCCUUUGAGGUGCUGGGGGAAGUUCCAGAAAUAGUGAAGACAGGGGUUUGGGUGGGAGACUGCUUCAUCUACACCAGCUCUCUCAACAGACUAAACUACUAUGUUGGAGGAGAGAUCAUCACCAUUGCUCACUUGGACAGGACCAUGUAUCUGCUGGGCUACAUCCCCAAGGACGAUCGUCUCUACCUCGGAGACAAGGAGCUGAAUGUCAUCAGCUACUCCCUGCUGCUCUCAGUGCUGGAGUACCAGACAGCUGUCAUGAGGAGGGACUUCAGCACGGCCGACAAGGUUCUACCCACAAUCCCCAAGGAGCAGAGGGCCAGGGUGGCCAACUUUUUGGAGAAACAGGGCUUCAGACAGCAGGCCCUGGCUGUGACCACUGACCCAGAACACAAGUUUGAACUGGCCCUGCAGCUGGGAGAGCUCAAGAUAGCCUACCAACUGGCCUCAGAGGCAGAGUCAGAGCAGAAAUGGAAGCAGCUGGCAGAGCUCGCUACUACAAAGUGCCAGUUUAGCUUGGCUCAGGAGUGUCUGCACCAAGCUCAGGAUUAUGGGGGAUUACUGCUGUUGGCCACCGCCUCGGGCGACGCCAACAUGGUGGGAAAAUUGGCCGUUGGGGCAGAGAAGGAUGGGAAGACCAACGUGGCCUUUCUCACCUACUUCCUGCAGGGAAGAUUGGACAAAUGUCUGGACCUUCUCAUCGAAACAGAUCGGUUGCCAGAGGCAGCAUUUCUGGCAAGAACAUAUCUGCCCAGCCAUGUGUCAAGGGUGGUGAAGCUGUGGAAGGAGAGUCUGUCCAAGGUUAACCAGAAGGCAGCAGAUGCUCUGGCUGACCCCUCCCAGUAUAGCAACCUGUUCCCUGGCCUCCAGCAAGCCCUGCUGGCUGAGGAGUACCUGAAGGAGACUCACGUCAGGGUCAGGCCUGCUGCAGAAUACCCACUCAUCAUGCCAAAUGAGGACCGCAAUGUCCUGAAGGAAUCUGCAGCUUUUGUGCCCAAAGGAGAGAUCACUAAGCCAGAGGAAGUGUUGAAGAGCAUAAAUGAAAACGUCACGGUAGCAGCAGUGAUGGAGGCUGCACCUGCAGAAACCGCAGUAGUGGAGGAACCCAUCCCACUCAAACAGGAGAAUAUUAAUCCUGUUUCAGCAACCGAAGAAGAAUCCAUCCCAACAGCAGCAUCCUCUCUGCCUGUCACAGUAACAGAAGAGCAUGUUGAAGCAAAGCAAGCAAAAUCUGUGUCUUUUGAGGCGGACCCCAUCGCUAAAUCAGAGGAGGCAUCAGUCUCUGUAGAGGAAGACAGUUUGGAGUCCACCACAGAGAUUGGCCCCGAAGAGCCAGAGAUGGUUCAAUCCAGUCCCGUGGACGAUGUCAGAUCAUCAGCUGAGACAGAUGUUCAGGACGUUUCUCCAGCAACUGAUGCUGUGCCUGCUGCCUGUGUUUCUGAAACAUAUCUAAUCGAGACGAAAUCCGAAACCAUCAUGGCAACAGAAAAAACAUCAAGUGAGACUGUGGCAACAAAAACCAUAGCAACAGAGGAUGUCCAAGUCAGCACUGUUCUGAUAGGUGAUACAGAUGUAAGAGAAUCUAUAGAAAAUGAAGAAAUGCCUGUGUAUGAAGAGCCUGAAGAAGGUAUCAUCUCCUCAGCACCAACCAUCAUAGAUACAGCAGCAGUAGGGACUCUAGUUACUGAGGAACUUGUUGCAGAAACAGCAGCACUACCCGUCGCAGUAGAGGAACUCAUCUCCUUUGAAACCACAGCCAGUCCAGUGCCGGAUCUGCCUGUUCGAGUCCAAACUUUUCCAGAUUUGGCCCUUGAUCCACUGCUAGACCCACUGGAAGAUACAAUGCCAGCAUUGAAGCCAGUCCCAGCACAAGAACCAGAAAAAGAGGAACAAACCAAAGCACUCCCAGUAAAGCCUGAGGACAAUGUGGAGCCUGCUGUGCCUCUGCAGGCUGAGCCAGAGGUGUUAUCCCCUCUAGCAGCUCCCGCAGGGGAGGAGGAGGAGGAGCCAGAUCCUGAGGGAGCUGAGGAACUUGCAGAGGACCUCGAGGCAGAUAUGAAUGAUGAGACCCUGGAUGAUCUGGAUCUGGACAGUUUUGACCUAGAAGAUAUCGACACCACAGAUAUCAACCUGGAUGAGGAUUUUGAGUAAAUAGGGAAAGGAAUCUUUUGGGAGCCAAACUUUUCUGUUUUUCCAGUGACCAAAGAACACAAAAAUACCCUUCAGGUUACAUAAAAAGCAUUUGCUAUCUUGGUUGUGGACUGACAUGAUAUAAUAAGAACCUUGUCUGUUUUUUGUAAAUGUGUGGUACCAUAGGACUCCAAGAAGGUUUAAACUUAAAUUAGGCCACAAUGAGCCUUGAUUCACCAUUCUGACAUGUCCAGGCUGUAUUUAAACUGAUAUUUGAGACCAAACCAAUGUGGUGGCCUUCUGUACUAAAGGGGAAAUAAGGAUAAGAAGUAGAAAGGUGUGUGUUUGGAAAUAUGGGGUGUAUUACAGCCAGUUAAAAUACCCAGCUCAGACUGUUGUUGGUAAUGUUUUUUAUACUACACAUUUGCUAUUUCAACAAUACUGCAACCAUCAUGACAGCUGGGGUUAGUUCUUUCACAUCACUAAUAUCAGUUUACAAUAAAAAUCCAUAUUUUAGGGGUAGAAUUCUUUCCAUCUCUCAGUGAUGUAUACUUUACCAGCUGACUUUAUAUGCACCAGCAUGUAAUGAAGAAUUACUCAGUACCUGUUCUUCUUCCUCAUCCAAUAAAACACUACUGUUGGUCAGGGUCUUAUCCACGCCAUUUAGGAAUUCUUACUGUUUGAGUAUUGCUUUUAGUCUUAAAGGGAAACGUAACUAUUAAUUUCCUCUGACAUUCCUUUUAGUUAAUCAGAGCAGUAUUCUUGAAUUUCGAUCUGGGAUGAGGCUGCCUGUGUCAUUUUAAGUAUGCAUUAAAAAAUGUUGAACAAGCCCACAAUUUGGAGAAAUCCCCAUUUAGUUAUAUUCAGCCUUUAUUACCUCUUUGUUGAUUUCCUAAGUUUGGUGCAUGUUCACUUCUCUAAGCUGCUUGUAUUUGAUCAGAUACAGUAAACUCAUACACACAUACACAAUCUACAGAAUUUUUCUCUUCUAAGUGCCUUACGUGUGUUUUUGAUAGUACUGUCUAACCGGACUUAAAGUGAAAUAAAACAAGCUUCAGUCAAA